GCCGUUCGCAGCCCCUUCAGCACUCCGCAGCCGGACGCGGACACGGACUCGGAGGCGCCGAAAGCUGACAUUCCGGCUGUGCCGAAAGCGGCGACGGCGAGCCCGGGGAAGGUGAAACAAAAGGAGCGCAAGGGCGCGCGAGAGGCAAGGCACUCCAUUGACCUGAAAACCGACCUGAAAGUGGCCCCGUGGCGACAGGACUGCUGCUGGCGCUUGCUGUUGGUUCUGGCGGUGCUUCUGGCGUUCGCGGGCCUGGGGCUUUUCACGCUGCACCUCUGGCAGCGGCGCCUCUUGGACGAGGAGCUGGUCCGGCGGCAAAGCAGCCAGGUGCAGCAGCUCCAAUCCGAGCUCAAGGAGGCUCAGACGGAGACCGCGCAGCUGCAGGUCCAAACCUCCGAGCUGCGGGGCCUGCAGAAGACCUACCACGCAGAGAAGGAGGAUGCCGAGCAAAAGGUCUCGGAAGUGACAGAGGAGUUGGGGGAGGAGACCGCGCAGGUGAAAGAUCUCGAGGGCAAGCUGCAGGCCGUCCAUGCCACCGCAAGGAAGCUCAGCAGCGCGCUGCAGACCGACGCCUCUGCGCUCCGCGCCACCGGCGCCAGCGACACCCGCGCCCUGCGGUCCCUGCGCCUCGCCACGCUCAGUCGGAGCCAGAAGCUGGAAGAAGAGGACCAGAAGCUGGCGGAAGAGGACCAACAGCUCGCGGAGAGGGAUCAGAAGCUGGCGGAGGAGGAGCAGAAGCUGGCGCAGAAGGAAGGUCAGAUCCAGUGGCUGCACGGCAAGCUCGAGGAAGCACGCAAGAAGGAGGCCGAUCUCAGGACGCAGCUGCAAAGCCAAGAGGAGGCCGUGCGCCUUGCCAAGAGCGAUGCAAAAGCAAAGCUCGCGCGAGCAUCGCAGGAGGCGCUUCUACGCGAGAAAUCCGCCGAGGCCAAGACGCAGGAGCAGCUGAGCUCAGACCAGACCUUGGUGCAGAACCUCCUGCGCCAGUUGGCCGCCACCAGCCAGCAGCGCAGCGAAGGCGAGAAGCACGUGAGGCAGUUGGAAGAGCAACUGCAGAUGCAGGCCCGUCUGGUGCAUGGCCGCUAA